AUGCGCGAUAUAACUGUCAAAUUAAAGAUGUUUUUGAAAAAAAAUAUAAAUACCUUUAUAAGCUAUCGAUAUUGGAUUUCUUGUCAGAAAAAACAGCUCUAUUUUUAUUAGAUUAUUUUUAUGAGAUCUUUAAAAAUUGUGGAAAAAGCAAAAUUGAAAAGAAAAAUCAAUAUAAAUUAGCUACCUUAGGAGAAAUUGUUGACUCAAAAUGUCUUCCAGCUGGAUAUAGUACUAGUUUAGAGUAUAGUUGUCAUUAUUGUAAAGAAUAUUAUAAACGCAGAAUAUAUAAUAAUGUGAAUUUCUUUUUAAAACGAUUGGAAAAAGGUCCAAAUAUACUUACCACUGAAGAAAAAAAAGGUGAAAAUGUUGAAGAUAUCGCUAAUGAAGAUGAUGAAAAGGCAGAAGAGAUAGAAACAAAUAAAAGCCAACAAGUACAUGUAGCUUUUAUAAAUGCACUUAACCAAAUUGGCAUUUAG